UGUCGUUGUUGGCUGGGCUUGUGAUAGGAGGAAGUCAGAUAAAAGAGAACGAAAUUUAUUCACAAUCUUGUCGGUGAAUCCAAAGAACGCGAUUUAAUUCCGCAAAUGUUUAGACUGGUGUGUGGUUGGUUUUAUCAGCGAUGUUGCGGAAUUCCGAUUUAAGUGAGUCUUGCUAUUUCUCAGCCACUGUCAUUGGUAAAAGGUUUUGGCUGAUGCGGACUUCAUUUAUGUGAAAGAGAAAACUGGAUGGAAAUUGUGUUUGGGAGAGUACAUGUAGCUAGUUUUAUCCUUCUGACGUAAGCCAGUGCAAAUGUUGUCACACGUGUCAUGGAGAACUGUGCAAGUGAUACCUGGAACAAUCACUUUGUAAUCCGAUCAACAAUGUAAAUUUAAACAUCCGGUGAGAAAGUGAGAAAGAAAAAAAAAAAAAAAGGAAAAAGCAAAAACGAAAGGAAAACCCAGCAAAACCUCCACCUCAUUUGCCUUUUGGGUCAGUGAGAUUAACAUGGAAGAUCCUUACCAUCCAAAUCAGUCUGUUUACAACUUCUUACCCGAUGCAUUAGCUGCACAUACUUCACGAUACAGUCAUGGCAGCACCAGUUCUGACAGCUCGGAUAGUGAUAUCGUGUCGGUUAUUGAGCGGGAACAAGAUGAUAUCGAGCGCCUGGACAGCGUGUAUGCACGAGCCUUGCAGCUGAGGGAACUCCGUGCCCGAAACUUCGACGACAACAACAUGGACUUAGCGCUGGAGCCGGAGUGGCCGGAAUUCUUGGACCAAAUUUUAAUGUUGGAUAUGAUGGAUCCGUCGGAUAGUGAAGAUCCUGAUGACCCAUCUCCUCCGGAUAUCCCAACAUAUCCAGUUGGCCCGCAGGUUCAGUCAGUUGAAUGUGCCAUAUGUUGUGUGUUUGAUAAUAUGACCCUACGCCCUUGCUGUCAACUCGCCGUUUGUUCAGACUGCUUGUCACAGUAUCUGGCCACCCAGGUGAACCAAGCUAAUGUACGUAUUGAGUGUUUAAGUCUUGAGUGUUCCUCAUACAUCCAUAGGGAUGAAGUCCUAGCGAAACUUGAGCCAAGCACCAAAGAAAAAUACUACAAGUUCCUUGUGGAUGCCAACCAAGAUCCGCAUUUCAAGACCUGUCCAAGGUGUUCCCACGUGAUGAAGCUGAGCGAGGAGAACACAAAAUCACUUAAGUCAGCGUCAAAGGGGCUGAAGGUGAGCUGUGAAGACUGCAGCUUGGUGUGGUGUUUCCCUUGCCAGGCUCCCUGGCACGAGGGCAUCCUAUGUAAAGAGUUCCGCAAGGGAGAUAAACUACUGCGAGCUUGGGCAAAAGAACUCAGAGCAGGCCAGCACAACGCUCAACGGUGUCCAAGAUGUAAGAUCUACAUACAGAGGGCUGCUGGCUGUGAUCACAUGAUCUGCUCUCGCUGUAAGACCAACUUCUGCUAUCGGUGCGGUGAGAGAUUUCGUCACAUCAAAUUUAUCGGGGAUCAUUACAGUCGUUUGAGUGUCUUCGGCUGUCGAUAUCGCUUUCUGCCCGAUCGCCCAGUGAAGAGGAAAUUGAUACGUGGCGCCAUUCUGGGUGGAAAGCUUCUUGUGGCACCUGUUGUAGCAGGUCUAGCUGUGGGUGGAGCUGCACUGUUCCUUGGGUUUGGAACGAUUGCGGCGCCUUUCUAUGGUGGAUACAAGCUGCACAAGCGUCUGAAGCUAAGAAAACAGCGGGAACGUCGUCGGCGCAUGGAACAAGAGCAGCGCUUCCCCAGGAAUGUGUAUCUUUUUCCGGAACAGCACACGUUGUUCCCGGACUACAUGACGGCAGAUGAUUUGGAUGUUGUUAUCCGGCGAGGCAUACUAGCCCGCAACGGUAGCAUGCAGCGGUUCUUGUCGGGCACAAAUGACUUGCCACCAGUGCACCUGCCAGUGUCACGAUUUUCUGAGAAUGUCAUGCACCGACGUGAUUUGACAGCUGAGACAGCGCUGAACGGAGUGCUUCCUACUGUGUCUGCGAGAGUUGAUGAGAAAGAAGUGAACGUGGAAGUUCUCCCGUCAGACGGCAAUCCCACACCGGGUAACAGCAGAGGUGAGGUGCUGAAUAAACGAGCCGUCACUACAGCGCGAAUUAUGCGCCCUAAUCCUGCUGGUGAAGCAGACCUUGAGUAUACGAUGGAAGUGCUAAAUGUUGUUACACGAUAUAUCGACGACAAGAGUGACGAGGAAGACACAGACACCAAGCAUAGCAACUCUUCGUGGCGAAAGGAUGAUACAGCGAAUAUAAAAGGGGCAAUACAGCUGACGAAAAAUAAACCUGACAAUACUAUCGAGAGCUCUGUUGACCAAAUUCCAACAACUAAAAUUCAGUCUGGUGAAGCAACGAUGUCUGCCAAAGGUAAAUCCAUCUGUCGCAAAAUAGAAAAGGUACAGUUUGCUAAAGAAUUGGAGAAGACGACACUGGAAGCUGAAGUUUUGACCAACAACAACAUUUUGUCAGUGAAAAACAGUGCCAAGGAAGGAGAAGGGAAAGGCAUUGCUCAUGUACCAUGGUUGAACAUCGUCUGCGGUAAAAUGUCGAAGGAAAAGGAGCUGCCACCCAAAAAGACGAGCUUAGCAGAAAAGUGCCCGAUCAAAAGCACGAAAGAUGUUGAUGGAAAAUCUGAAGGAAAGAAUGAGAUGCAGGACGAAUUGGAUCUAUGUGUGAAUGUUUCCCCGCUGUCUACAUCUGAAACAGUCAACCUGGACGUCAAGCAGAAAAGUUUGAAACCAGCAAGUGACUGCAAGUCAUACGAUCUUGGGGCUUUUGGACCAGAAUCAGAUGAUGGAGAUGAUUUCUCUGUGAGUUCUGCCAGUGAAUGUCCACCUCAACCUUCCUCGACCAGCUAUUUUAAUGCUGCGGGGCACUGCCUGGAAUUCAUAGAUGAAGAGUAUGUGUCACAGCAGUCUGAGAUAACUUGUUUGUAGGCUGACGAAGGGAGAUGACCAGCCCUCCUCUGUCCAUCCCAUCCCCAGUUAUCUGCCCUUGGUGAAAUUGUGGUUGUUUUUUUUUUUUACAUAAAACGGUUCAGUUUUCUGGGAAGAUUUAUGUGUUGUUAUGAGCACGAAGUUUCAUUAAUGAAAUACACAUGUAGUAAAAAAUUGUCACUUUUGAAAUAAGAAUGCUUGAAGGAAAGCAUUUUGAUAUAUAUAUAUUUGCUCUUACCCCUGUCAGUGGUUGGAAACCAGGAGACAAACUGUUGAAACAAGUUUACAGGAGAAACUUACUGGAGUUGACGCUAGAAACUGGCAUGUGAUUAUGUACAACUUGACAACUUGUGAAUUUGACAAAUUAUUCCAAAAAUAUUAACAGUACAUAGAUAGCAACGUGAUGUUUGUUAUAAUGAAGGAACAGUGUGAUCCAACAUUAUCAUGUCAUAUGCGUGUACGUACUGUAUAAUUCAUAUAUGUGUAGUAUUUACUUUGCAGUAAUUCUUUUUUUGACUGCAUAUAGUACCUGUACAUUGCAUCUAGAUACAUACAUGUAUAUAUGUACAGCCUAGAAAUGAAAGUGAAAGUAAAUCUGUAUGUAAAUCCGCAUCUUUGACAUGCUAGGAUGCCGAGUGGAAAUAUCAAACCAUGCAUGGAUUAUAACAAGUCAGUGGAAAGAUGUCAAAAAACAUAUGUAACUGUAAGAAAACUUAUCAAUUUUUACUUGUUUUUGUUUGUACACAUGUAUAACACCUUUUCUGAUACAAAAUACGGCAUCACUGGAAUGAUCUCUAGACGUUCCCAGCUUUGCCAUCAUUGUUGUCUACAAUGCAUGGGUGUCACAAGGGUCGACAGUGUGAUAGUGUGUGCUAAAAUCAGCUGGUACUCAUUUACAUAUUUCUUUAGCAAAUAUUUUUACAAAGCUGUUGGAUUAUUCCUCACUGUGUGGGACAAAGUCGUGCAUGUAUACCGGUUAGGGUGAAACAAGUUUUAUUUAUGUAAAAUACAAAACUGUUCAACCAAUAAGAGGAUGUGUGCGAAAUUCAAAUCCAGUGUAAUUAUACGAAAACACCAUGUGUAUGGACCUUAGUCAUUGUUAUGGC